AACUUAACGUCUCAAAUUAUGUGUUUCAGUUUAAGGUUUCCAUUUUUUGGGUUUUUAAUUUUCCUUGUUUCUGAUUGGCUAAACCAAUUUUGCAAAAUGAUGCACUUGGGCCGGCGGAGGAAAUUGGGAUAACUAUAUAUUUGUUUGCUCUGGAAAACAGUGGAAACGAAAACCUCGAAAUUUCCCAGCCCGUGAAUACGAGGUGUCAACCAAACAACAAUGGUGCCUAAAUGUCAUCCAACCAACGGUGCUUCUUUCACAACAUCGAACGACCAGAUUUACAUUUCUUUUACUCUGGACCGGAAACUGCUGCAGAGCUUCACUUCCGGUGAUGAAAAUUCUUCACAACUAGAGCUCUUACUGAUGAACAAAGUACUGACAGAAUGUUUGGGCUCGCUCACCAUGGCAUAUCUAGGCCCACCUAAUAAGAAAGGGGAAGGGGACACACAGUCUUCAAAAAACCGAAGAUCUUGCAGCUCGCCUAACAGACAUACGAAGCGGAGGAAGUUGUCAAAGACGAAAGAUCUAGAACUUAGAAGUGAGGCAAGCUCGCGUUGUGAAAGUGACGUUGACAGUGAUUUGAGUCCUCUCCAAGAAGAAUCCGAUUCUCUGAAAGAAAACAUGCUGGCAACCGUAACCAAAAAUAAAAUGGUCUUUCCUAUAAAAGAAUGCCUUCCGAACUCCUCGUUCGCAUCUGUACAAGAUGUUGUGUCCGAUUUGGCAGCAGCUGCUGCAAAGGACAACAACAACACGCCUCUCAAUUUGUCUUCCAAAUUUCAAUGCAACCCGAAGGUUCAAUUUCCUUCCUGUGACAGUUUUGUUCAAUUGCCUGUGCCGCCAGGAACACCAGCAGACUUAACAGUCACCAGCAAAUCCGAAAUUGAAAGCAUAAAUGACGACAAAGAAUCAGAAGACGAGGAUUGUUCAUCAAAAUGCGAGUCACCGGAACCUCAGCUAGAUAAUAUUCGAUUAAACCUGAAUGAGAGCCAUAGCUUACUUUCGCCUUCUUUGCUUCAUGAAAAUGAUCAGCUGUCGAAACCUACCAAAAGUGAAAACGACAAUCUGGAAAAUAUUGGAACUGCAGUAGUGACACCGGCGGCCGCACCUAGUGGGCCGGUUCCAAGCCAUCUUGGAAUGCUGGAUGACUGCAAUAACUUGAAAUACACCCAAUCUCUGAACGAUAUAAUCAUGCAAGGAUUUCUCAAGGAUGCACCAAAACCUGCCAAGGAGACCAAAACACAAACAGACCAAUCUACCAGAAACUUCCAAAACGCCACCAAAAAUGCUGCCACGUUGGGGUUCCUGAACGCCGCGCACUUUCUCUCAGGAGGAAAUCUACUGACUGCCGCUCAAAAUGUAAGCUACAGUAACUCGGGCCCAACUAAACCUAAACAAGCUAACAACAUGACUAAUUCAAAUAACAGUAACGCUCACCAAUUGUCAUCUUUGAUCGCAUCGCUAACAGCCACUAACCCAGCGUCGUUGCCUAGCAAUGGAAACCUGUUUUCAUCUAAACCAAAAACGUCAUCGUUCUCCUCGAACGGAACAAGCUCAGAUGUUGCUAACAACGCGUCACCCGUUUGUAACAGCACAACUAACGCAUCAAGUAGCCCAACGUCAUCAAUUUCAUCAAACAACUCCACUUCUACUCCUAGGCGUUGUCAGAAAUCACUGAUUUGUGAAUAUGGUUGUGGAUACGAGACCCCAGACGCGACAUUGCUCAAAAGUCAUCAUGUGAGUCACUCGAAUGACAGGCCAUACCAGUGCAGUUACUGUGGCCACUCGUUCAAGAGGAACCACACUUUAUUGCGUCAUAUAAGACAAGUGCACAAGAUUGAUACAACAUCAGUCAACGGAGAACCCAUGCCUAUUUUGAGUGGAGUGUCAAUGGUACAGCCUCACGCCCCGAUUUGUUCGGCCGCUUCAUUUGCAUCAUCUCAGACACAUGAACUGUCGCUGAUCCGAGACAAGUUGAAAAAAGAGUUCACCAGUCCCAGCACACCGAGUGCGAAACAAGUUGCAAUGAAGCAAGCAUCGUCGAUUUUAGCCACUCUUUCAAACGGGUCGCGAUUGACUGAUCGUGAUGAAGGCGAGGAUAUUGAAGUUGAUGUGGAUCAGAAACCAAUUGAUUUGGCCUUUAGCCGAAAUGCAAGCCCAAAACCGCCUUCACUUCUCCAUUGCUCUGAAUAUGCCAUGAAGAGAUCUUCGUCCCCGGUAUCACUUCUAGAUUUAGCCAGACCCCAAUUAAGCAGUGUCUCAAAUGCCAGAGCUUCCGAUGCUAUGAAUAUGUCAUUUAAGAGGUCUUUCUCUCCAGUGUCGCUUCUAGAUUUAGCCAGACCUCAGUUAAGCAGUGUCUCAAAUGGCAAAGCUUCUGAUGCGAUGAAUAUGUCAGUUAAGAGAUCUUUCUCUCCAGUUUCGUUCCUAGAUUUAACUAGGCCGCAACUUAGUAGUGUCUCAAAUGCGGCGAGAGCUUCCGACGUCAUGAAUAUGUCAUUAAAACACCACCCAACCCCGCCUCAAGCUUCCAACUUGGGUUCACUAAACCUAGUUAUGUCAAUGUAGAUUGAAGUUACGCCUGGAAGGGAAAAACAUUUGCAACCAGAAAACUAUUUUUGUGUAUAAUUUGGCAAUUGUAUUAUUUACUGCGUUUCAGCAAAUUUUGUAAAAUUAGCUUCACAACUUUUUAUAUGAUUUAUGUAUGACUGUUUGAAUUUUUUGUGAGUGCCGAGUGUGAAUCACUGAAGGUUUGUCGAAAUGAUUUCAUGUAUUUGUCUUUUCGUUCAUAGUUGCAGGUUCGUAUCAAGAUUGAAUCUUGGUGCUGCUCACUUGUUAAACUAGCCAAUUAACAUUCAAAUAGAUAUUUGAUAGUUUAUUUCAUUCAAUCAAAAACAUCAUUCCCAGUUUGACCUUUGCAAUAAAUCCUUUUCUGUAAAUUUUGAAUACCAGUGCCAAAAAACUACAAUUCUUUGUAAAUUUUAGCUUGUUUGUAAAAUAUGAAUCAAAGCUUUAAUCAUAAUCAGUGAAGUUAACUGAAAGUCUUAUGGGUUUCUUAGACCAACCGAUCAAUUUUCAGUUAGCUUAAUUAAUUAUUUUUAAUGCACAUAAAAAACUAUGGUCAAAAAAUAACUGCCAAAUGAAAAGUGCAAUGAUCCUUUUCCAUCAUCGAAAGAAGCGUAAAUAUUGACAUAGAUUAAUUUAUUGAUAUUCUCAACCAAGUCAAUCAAUUUCAAUCAUCAAGUGACGAAUCAUCGCUUUAAUUGCUGAAAAGUGCACUAACUACUUAACCAGUGCAAUAAAAUGAUCUGCUACUUAAAUCGAGCCAAAACUUCCAAUUAAACCCAAGAAGCUAACCACAAUCUUAAAUUAUUUUUAUUUAUUAGUUAGCUCAAUCAAUGUAAUAGUUUGGAAAUUGUAUUUAUUUUAGUACUUGCGCUGCAGUGCUCAGCACUCAUUUGUUCAACGGGUUGAUUGGUGAUAUUGCCCUUUUUCCCGUUGGAAAUUUCACUAUGCGAUGCUUUAAUUAGUCGAACGCAAAGUUUGCCUACAGGCCUCUGCAAUCGGUUUAGUUCACUGAAUUUAUUUGAUUGAGUUUUAUAUGGAAUGUAGCAUAAUUUAAAUUUUGAUAUAUUAAA